AUAUUUUAAUUUGUAUCGGUUAUAAUUCGAAGUUUCUCUUACUUAUCAGCUUUAAAUUUGUUUAUUUCUUAUAGUGUGUGAUAGUGUUUAUAUUAAAAAUGCGUGAUAAGAGACGAGAAACUGAUAACGCAACGACUACAUGUGAUACAGUCGACCUGUAAGUUGUUAUUCUUGUGGCCUUAAUGUGACAAAUGAAACCUUCUUCAUUGCCUUCUUAGCGUAGGAUUAUGUUUGUGAUAUUUCCUUCCUGAAAAUGCGUAGAAAAUGAUAAUUAUAUAUAAUGGUAUUGAGAAUACCUUUAGGAAAAUUUAUUGUGUGCGUUAUAGCAUUUACACAUUUGAUAUUUUUGUAUGAUGGCAUAUAUUCUAUGAUACAGGAUGAACAAUUUUAUGCAAGAGAAGAUGAUUUACAAUACGAAGAAAGAGUACAAGCUAUAUUUUUAUACGGUUUACACAUUGUACUUAUUUAUUUGUUAAUUUAUUCUGCUUAUAAGAACAUUGUUAGCUUACUAAUACCAUGGUUGGGAAUAACUUUUCCAGUAUUCAUAUACAUGACAUUCAAAGUUCUAAGAGACAUGAAAUGGUACCGUUUUUCGGAUCUACUGGAUGGCUUUAUUGAUGUUGGUAUUUGUUGGCUUUUUUGGACCUUUACUUACUAUGUUUACAAGUCACGAGACUAUCGAAAUUAUGAUAUUUUAGACAAAGGUUACUUUUAUAUUAACUAUUUUUUGAAAAUAGUUUUGAGAAGAGUUUAAUAAAAUAUAACAGUUAUAUUUUAAGAAUUGUUUAUUUUUUAGAAUUAACAUUUGUUUGUAAAUUUAUAUCACAAUGUUGUAACUCAAGCUUUAAUUAUCUUUAAAUAAAAUGCGACUUGUUGGUCCCUAAUUUAUAUGUUAAUUUAGCGAAAUUAUAUAUUUUUUAUAAAUUGUAUGUUUCAAUAAACCUCCUAUUAGUGUAUUUUGCUUUAAGUUGUAUUUUAACACGAAAUACCACAUUAACCA